GCCCCCGCCGCACAGCUACACAACAUGGCGGCUCGCUUCACCCUCGGGUCCACCGUGCUCCGCGGAGCUUUCAGCCUGCACAGCCAGACUGCGGGUCUCUCUGCCGCCGGGCUCAGGUUUGUUUGUAGCGCUGCUCCAGCAGAAAAAAAGACGGUGAUAUUAGAGUCUACGGAGGAGUAUAAGUUCGUAGAGCGGCUCAUCCCACCGUCACGGGUCCCCGCUCCGCCUAAACACGCCGGGCCCACUCCGUCUGGCUGGACCCCUCCGGCAGAUUCUCCGCCGCCUCUGCCGUACAUGAUCCGCCGCUCCCGCAUGCACAACAUCCCCGUUUACACCGACCAAACAUGCGGCAGCCGCAGGACGACGCUAGUACGGAAAGUGGAGGGGGACAUUUGGGCUCUGGAGAAGGACGUGAAGCAGUACCUGCAGGAGGUGACGGGGAGAGAGCUGCCCACACAGGUCAACGAGGUCACCAUGACCCUGAAGGUCAAAGGUCACUUUGAUAAGGAGCUGAAGGAAUGGCUGACAAACAAAGGCUUCUGACUGAAGAGGUGGCGCUGAGCCUCCGGGACUGUCCCAACAUCCUGCUCAGGGGGCAGAGGCCGGCCUGUGGAGAUGGAGAGGACCACUCUGCUGGCAAACAUCGUCCUACAGGAUAUUAAAAACUUUCAGUCCAAAUGGAGGGACAGCUUUUGACCACUGCCGCUGUAUUGAACUCUUUGGCACCAGACAGAUGUGAAGUAGUGGGAUGAGCGGGUCUUAAACAGUGGACAUAUUUGUAUGUAAUGAAUCUAACAUUAAAUAUAAAAGCAUA